AUGUCUGCUCCUGCCCACAAGUUCAAGGUCGCUGACCUGUCCCUCGCCGCCUUCGGGCGCAAGGAGAUUGAGUUGGCCGAGAAUGAGAUGCCUGGUCUCAUGUCGAUCCGCAAAAAGUAUGCCGCUGACCAGCCGCUCAAGGGCGCCCGCAUUGCUGGCUGCCUGCACAUGACCAUUCAGACUGCUGUCUUGAUUGAGACUCUUGUUUCCCUCGGCGCUGAGGUCACAUGGUCCUCGUGCAACAUCUUUAGCACUCAGGACCACGCUGCCGCCGCCAUUGCCGCGGCUGGCGUUCCCGUCUUUGCCUGGAAGGGCGAGACUGAGGAGGAGUACAACUGGUGCUUGGAGCAGCAGCUCGUUGCUUUCAAGGAUGACAAGAAGCUCAACUUGAUCCUCGACGACGGCGGUGAUCUGACCCAGCUGGUGCACGCCAAGUACCCCGAGAUGCUGAAGGACUGCUACGGUGUGUCCGAGGAGACGACCACAGGUGUCCACCACCUGUACCGCAUGCUCAAGAACGGCAAACUGCUGGUUCCUGCCAUCAACGUCAACGACUCCGUCACCAAGUCCAAGUUCGACAACCUUUACGGCUGCCGCGAGUCGCUGGUCGACGGCAUCAAGCGCGCCACUGACGUUAUGGUUGCUGGCAAGAUCGCCGUUGUUGCUGGCUUCGGCGACGUCGGCAAGGGCUGUGCUGUGGCUCUCCGCGACAUGGGCGCCCGUGUGCUCGUCACUGAGGUUGAUCCCAUUAACGCCCUCCAGGCCGCCAUGGCUGGUUACGAGGUGACCACCAUGGAGAAGGCUAGCAAGGUUGGCCAGAUCUUUGUCACCACCACUGGCUGCCGCGAUAUCCUGGUUGGCAAGCACUUCGAGGCCAUGCCCAACGACGCCAUUGUUUGCAACAUUGGCCACUUCGACGUUGAGAUCGAUGUCGCUUGGCUCAAGGCCAACGCCCAAUCCGUUCAGAACAUCAAGCCCCAGGUCGACCGCUUCCUCAUGAAGAGCGGUCGCCACAUCAUCCUGCUGGCCGAAGGUCGCCUUGUCAACCUUGGCUGCGCCACUGGCCACAGCUCAUUCGUUAUGUCGUGCAGCUUUACCAAUCAGGUGCUGGCUCAGAUCAUGCUUUUCAAGAGCAACGACGAGGCGUUCGCUAAGAAGUACGUCGAGUUUGGCAAGAGCGGCAAGCUUGAGACCAAGGUCUACGUCCUGCUCAAGAUCCUCGAUGAGGAGGUUGCUCGUCUCCACUUGGCUCACGUCAACGUUGAGCUCACUACCCUGACCAACGUUCAGGCUGAGUACCUCGGCCUGGAUGUUGAGGGCCCUUACAAGACCGACCACUACCGCUACUAA